AUGGUUGUUAAUAUUUUUGAAAGCAGGCUUGAAUCUCUUAAGUUAAAAUAUCCAGAAGUCACUAGUUACAUUAAACGUCAGCUUGAAUCUUCUAAAAUGAAAUGGGCGCGCAUUGAAAGUUUCAACAAAAAAAUUCAUGAUUGUGUAAAGGCGAAUUCCUCUUUGAUAACACUUAUUAAGGAAAUUCAGGAUUUACUUGAUAGAGAAGCUGAGUAUGCUCAUAUAGAAGAGUAUAAAUGCCAAAUACUAACUGUUGGGGUUUUAACUAUAUCAAAAACUUUUUUCAACAAGUUAGAUAUUAUUGUGAACGAAUAUCUUAUGGAGCCAGUAGUGGUAAACGUUCGUAGACAAAUGCAUAAAUAUUUUUAUUAUGAUGCUUAUAAGCUUGAUAUUAGUGAUUGGAACUCAAUUGAAAAGGUGAUCUAUUCUAAUCAUUCUAUUUUUUAA